UGUCUGAAUGGCCUUCGUGCAUACUAAGACAUGCAAGGUCGACUACUACAAGGUGCUGACAGUAUUGGAGCGAUGCAAGCGGCCGUGCGCGCAAGCUGUGAUGUAACAGGCUGGAUGAUUGCUCUUGCUCUGCAAUAAUAUCAAUUGACUGCUUCUAAUUUUGACUACGCACCACGACUUUUGCUCUGAACUCCAAUAUCUUUCCCGUCUAAUAUCCCCUCCUUUGCCCACUACGAGCUCAUAGUGCAAGGUCGAAUAGCUCGUCUGCGAGCUGCUAUAGCCAAUGUUCGCAAGUCGUUUAGCCAGACAAGCGUGUCUGGCUAACCUUCGCGUGACAUACCAGAACAAUGUCCGUGUCCAGGUUCACUCGCUUCAUCUCCAACGGUGUUCAGCGGCAGGCUUGCAGAAGCCUACUGUAUAUAUUCCGAGACAUAGGCUCGCGAAAGCAUUCUCAACAACGCCUCGGAGAGCUAUAGAAGGACCUUCAACAUCUUCCACCUUAGAGGCCCCGAAAAGAGUAUGGCAGCAGCUUCGUACAUUCACCAGAUACACUUUUUACUUCGUAGGCUCUGCUGCCGUUGGCCUUAUCGUCUUGACCGCUACGAUAUUCCUACACGAUGCCUUCACCUACACCGAGAAACAUAUAGAAGGCGUCCCUGUUGCUCCUCUGGCCUUACGUCCGGAGAGAGGCGGCCCCAAGAACUUACCUAUCACCAAGGCAUACUUAGGUGAUUUAGAAGAGGAGAACAAGGACGUUAAGAACAAGCCUCAUUUGGUUAUUGUUGGCGGAGGUUGGGGUGCUGUUGGCGUUUUGGAUUCCUUGCAUCCUGGGGAUUAUCACGUCACGGUCGUCUCUCUAGAGACAUUUAAUACGUUCACGCCCUUGCUACCUUCUGCUGCGGUUGGAACUGUGUCAGUUCGUUCACUGAUUGAACCACUUCGGAAGAUCAUUGCUCGGGUAAAGGGUCAUCUCGUGAAUGCGAAGGCAGUCGACUUGGUUAUGUCGGAACGACUUUUAGAAGUAGAGACUUUGAGUGCUCAAGGGAUUAGGGAACAUUUUUACAUUCCGUAUGACAAACUAAUCAUCGCAGUCGGCUCCGUUUCAGCUACACGCGGUGUCCAAGGUUUGGAGCACUGUUACCAACUCAAGACCAUCGGCGACGCGCAACGGAUUCGACAGCGUAUCCUUGACAAUUUCGAAUUGGCCUCUCUUCCAACGACAUCUCCCGAAGAACGCCGUCGAUUACUCAGCUUCGUCGUUUGCGGUGGCGGUCCGACUGGCGUCGAGACUGCAGCGGAGAUUUAUGAUCUUUGUCAGGAGGAUAUCAUCAACUAUUAUCCGAAGCUUCUUCGAGAGGAGGUAUCGAUUCAUGUUAUCCAGAGCCGUGAACAUAUCCUGAACACGUAUUCUGAAGCCAUCUCACGAUAUGCCGAACAAAAAUUCGAUCGUGCCGGAGUAGAGCUAAUAACAUCUGCGCGAGUCAGUGGCGUUCACCCUGACCACGUCGUCUAUACCAAGAAACAGAAAGACGGGACACUCGAGGCGCAUGAAAUCCCCACGAACUUCGUGCUCUGGAGUACUGGGAUUGCCAUGAAUCCGUUCGUCAAGAGGGUUUCCGAUCUUUUGCCGAACCAAGUGCACAAGAAAGCCAUAGAAGUAGAUGCACAUUUACGUGUGAAGGGAUCGCCUACAGGCGAGGUAUAUGCCAUCGGAGAUGCAGCUACGUUAGAGACCGCUAUUGUCCCCCAUCUCCUUGAUCUUGUUGACGAAUGCGACAAGAAUAAGGAUGGGAAGAUUGAUUUUGAGGAGUGGGGUAUUAUGGUCAAUCGUAUCAAACAGAAGAUACCCAUGGCGGAGUCUCAGUUGCAGAAGGUCCGGGAACUUUUCGAGAUCUAUGAUUCGGAUCUGGACAAUAGUCUAUCAUUGAACGAGCUUGCUGUCCUUUUACAAGAGAUCGGCAACAAGAUUACGGCGUUGCCUGCUACUGCACAAGUCGCAGCGCAACAAGGCAAAUACCUGGGCAAGAAACUCCGCAGACUUGCCAGACGGAGGGAAACCCUUGAGGCGAAUGAGAUUGUUGGUCCUGGCGCAGAUGAGGCUGUCUCUUCGCCAUUUAGAUACUUCCAUUUGGGUUCACUUGCAUACAUCGGAAACGCAGCUGUCUUCGAUCUGGGACGGUUCAGUUUCAUGGGUGGCCUUGCCGCCAUGUAUGCUUGGCGAAGUGUGUACUGGAGUGAGCAAGUGAGCUCUAGAACGAGAGCCUUGUUGAUGAUAGAUUGGAUCGUUCGUGGCGUCUGGGGAAGAGAUCUUUCAAGGUUGUAGAGACCUGCCUCGAAAUUCUUGUUUAUGUCCUAGAUCAUUGUCGGUUUGGUUGCCUUACAGGCGGAUUUCGUUCUUCAUUUGUCUGUCGCUGGUGAUCCAGAGUUGUUGAUGUUAUGCUAUGUAGUAUUAGUAUUGCGUUGGUUUAUCUGGAUUUCGACCUCUAUCACUAUAGAAGGCAUUGAAUUGUUAGGCUCGAUCGUCUUUCACGAAGUCCCCAGAGAGCGACACACAGAAUGUCAUCAUGCUUCUCAUGCGCUAGCACGGUUCCAGUACCUGGUACUU